AUGGCCGCCUCCUCCGACAAAGACCCCAUCACCUGUCACGUCCUCGACACCACGAACGGCCGCCCGGCCAAGGGCGUCCGCGUGCGCCUGGUCGGCGGCGCCGUCUCGGCCACGGCUCAGCCCAAGACGUUCGAGUCCGUCACCAACGACGACGGCCGCAUCCUCGUCUGGCUGCCCUACAGCUCCGACCUCUCUGCCGGCGAGGUCCCCGUCUACACCCUCCUGGACGUCCUCGGCGAGGCCAGCGGCGCCUCCCGUUGGACCCUGCGCUUCGACACGGCUGCUUACUUUGGCGAGGACAAGACUUUCUUCCCCGAGGUCACCGUCACCUUCCGCGUCGACGAAGGGCAGACUUACCAUGUGCCCUUGUUGCUGAGCCCUCACAGCUACACCACCUACCGGGGCAGCUAG